UUUAAAAAGGAUCACACAGCAAGAGAUUGCAAAGAAAGAAGAAGAUGCUUCUACUGUGGUGAAAUCGGAAAACAUAAUAGAGCACUGUGCAAUAUGGCCCAGAAAAGUACAACACUGCAGACUCGCAGCGAGAAGAAUAAAGACAGUACCAAUUUGGUCAAGAAAUAAUUCCUUCAGAUGAUGGAUCCAUGGGCGGUGAGAUAAAUCUUCUCAUUGGCAACGACUAUUACUUCACAUUCAUCAAAAAUGGAAAACUUAGCAUUGAAGAAAACCUUUAUUUAAUUGAAACAGAUUUCGGUUGGGUCUUCAGUGGCAGAUCUCCCUUUCAUCAAGAACAUGUUCUUAGUGUAGCAACGUACAUGCAAACUAACCUGCCAGAUAACUUUGGUUUUGUUCAGCCGGACUUACCUAUCAAGGAAGGAGAGAUUAAACAACUUUGGGAGUUGGAAUCCAUCGGUAUUAGAGAUUCUCCAAAGACUACAAAUGAAGAAGAAGCUUUAAGAAAUUUCAACAGUACAGUUACGUUUGAAGAGAACAGAUAUCAUGUCAAAUGGCCGUGGGUCCAGUAUCCACCAAACCUACCAUCAAACUAUGGUCUAGCUGUAGGAAGACUGACCAGCCUAUUAAGAAGAUUGGAUAAGAAUACUUUAGCCAUUUAUGAUGACACCAUUCAAGAACAGGAGUCAUCUGGAGUGAUAGAAAAGGUGAAGAAUGCUUUUGAAAAUGUGCAACAUCCAAUACAUUACUUAUCACAUCACUGCGUGGUCAAGAAAGAUAGCUCUACUCAACUGAGAAUUGUCUAUGAUGCAUCAGCUAAGUCUAAAAGUACACAAUCUAGCCUGAACGAAUGUAUGUACAAAGGACCAUUGAUGCUUGAAGACUUAACUGGACUUAUCUUGAGGUUUCGUCAACAUGAAAUAGGAAUCCUGGCAGACAUUGAGAAGGCCUUCCUACAACUAGGACUUCAGAACGAAGAUCGUGACGUCACUAGAUUCCUGUGGGUAAAAGAUACUACAAAAGAAGUAACAGAAGACAACUUACAAUGCUACCGAUUUUGUCGAGUUCCCUUUGGAAUAGUAUCCAGUCCAUUCCUACUAAAUGCAACAAUAAAGAGUCAUUUUCUGAAAUGUGGAGAUGAAACACUUAAGAACGUAGCAGAAAAGAUAUAUGUUGAUAAUCUUGUACUAGGAGCGAAACAACAAGAUGAAGCUACAGGAUUGUAUCAAAAAAUACAUGCUUCCCUUCAAACAAUCUCGAUGAACGUGAGACAAUGGAACUCAAAUAACAAAGAAUUUCUAAAAGAAAUACCUGAACAUCUACUUGAAGGCAAAGAAGUCACAAAGGUGUUAGGACUUGUGUGGGACACACUAGAAGAUACAUUAAAGCUUAAAACACAGAUAAGUAACUGUGAUAGAGAUAUGACUAAAAGGUAUGUUCUUCAAGAAAUAGCCUCAAUCUACGAUCCUUGUGGAUUUAGCAGUCCUCUUCUUUUACCAGCUAAGGAAUAUCUACAGAGACUUUGGAAAUUAAAACUUAAAUGGGACACCAAACUGCCAGAAGACUUAAGAGACGAGUGGAAUAGGAUUGCAAGCAGUCUACACCAAACUCAAGAUAUUGAGAUUCCAAGAUACAUAGGCGCUACGCAAGAUAACGCAGUACAUGAGUUACACUGUUUCACGGAUGCAUCCAAGGAUGCCUACGCGGCAGCUGUCUACAUCAAAACAGAAUCACAGGAUAAAGUGAUAGUAAGACUGCUUAUGUCCAAGUCAAAACUGACUCCACUCAAAGACCAAGAUAAUCUACAAAUUCCGAGGUUGGAACUAUUGGGUACUCUUAUUGGCAGCAGACUUUUAAGAUAUGUGAGACAACACUCUGAAGUACCGAUAUCUAAACAAUACCUUUGGACUGAUAGUCAAGUUGUUAUAAGCUGGUUACGCUCAGAAAAGCUAUUGCCUCCUUUUAUCUCAAGAAGAGUUACUGAAAUAAAUAAACAAGACACGCAAGUUUUGUAUGUGAAAUCAGCGGAUAAUCCAGCAGAUAUUGCAACCAGAGUUGCAGACUUUACACCUGCAAAAAGAGAACUAUGGUUUGAAGGACCCCAAUUUUUGAAGAAUGAAAGAGAAUACAAGAAUAACUGGGCAAUGACACAAAACCUGUGUGCUUUGGAGGGUCUGACCCAGUCAGAAGGAUAUCCUGAAAAUGAGUCUACUGAAAAUGAAGAUGGACCUACGUUAAAUGAAGCAAAUGUAAACCCAGAAUCAUUGCAAUUGCAACAAAGUGAAGAAACGAUUACCAAUAUUACUGCUAAAAUCAAGAGAGAACAGAAAUUACACUACCCACAGGAAUGUGCAGGAAAAAGUACUGAUUUAAGUCGUAGCCUUGGUGUAUUCAAAGAUGAAAAUGGCUUACUCCGAUGCAGAGGAAGGAUAGUCUUAACUGACCUGCCUUAUGACCGCAAAUAUCCCAUCCUCCUACCGAAAGAUUCCAGUCUGACAGAAGAAAUCAUAUCCAAUAUUCAUAAGGACAACUAUCACGUUGGAGUAACACAUACUCUUUCUUUAAUUCGUGAAAAGUAUUGGAUCCCACAAGGGAGAUGUAAAGUGCAAAAAGCACUGAAGAGAUGUUUACAGUGCAGGAAAUAUGGUGGAGGUCCUUACAGACUACCUCAGAUGCCUGACUUACCAGAAGAAAGAGUAAACUUCACUUCAGCGUUUUCAUUCAUCGGCCUGGACUAUCUUGGACCUCUUCUAGUUACCACGGAUAAAGGACAAACAGAAAAGAGAUGGAUAUGCCUAUACACCUGUUUAGCUGUGAGAGCAAUUCAUCUUGAAAUAGUGAAGGAUCUUACAGCGGAACAGUGUACCUUGGCACUCAGAAGGUUCAUAGCAGAACGAGGAUUACCACGUCUCAUAAUAUCUGACAAUGCAGCUCAGUUCAAGCUUACAGCAGAAGUCAUGGCUGGACCAUACUGUAUUGACAACAACUUACAGUGGAAGUUCAUCCCAGAGCUAGCACCUUGGCAUGGUGGCUUCUAUGAACGCUUAGUUGGCUUGGUUAAACAUUGUAUGAAGAGAUCGUUAGAUACCCGUUUGCUGAGAGACAACGAACUGUCAACUAUUGUGAAAGAAAUUGAGUUGGUACUUAACACAAGACCGUUGAUCUAUGUUGGGGCUGAACAUGAACAUAUAUUGAAACCCCUGGACUUCCUUCGAAUGAAUGACUGUUUGAUGCAAACUUCUGAAGUACCAUAUGAAUCCAGAGAAGAUACUAUUACAAAGGAACUACUAAUAAAGGGAUGGAAGAGAAGCCACAAACUUGUAGAUGAAUUCAGAAAAAUGUUCAUCAACCAAUAUCUUAAUGCUUUGAAGGAAAGAACACAAAUACGACAUAAACAGCCCAGAGUGGUCAGCCAGUCCAAACCUAAGGUUGGGGAUGUCGUACAGAUCAAAGGUGAUAACAACAACCGUUCUACUUGGAAGAUAGGUAAAAUAAUAUUGCUUCAUAGAGGAAGAGACAAUGAAGUGAGAGUAGCAACAGUUAAGGUUGGUGACAAGGAAUAUAUAAGAUCCAUUGCCCAUCUUUUCCCAUUGGAGAUAGAAGAACAUGAACACAUAGAAAAGGAACAUGUAUCUACUAGGACAGAAUCAGACUGUAGGGAAGAAACAGAAACAUUGAAAACUACUCAAGAAACAGAGAUGGAAGGGAGAAGCGUUGACAUGCCCACCGAAAUAGAAACAGUAGAGCCUACUACUGAUCAGAGAAGUAAUAGUCGUGCCGCCGCAAGACGAGCUAAAGAAAAGAUUGCUCAAUGGACCAAGGAAUUAAUAAAUUUAAUAUGUGUGAAUUGUAUUCAACUAUAGUUAUUUAAAGGUAACGAUGUAUCGUAUACUUUAAGUAUAAUUAGAAGUAUAUAAUAGGUAAUUGAAUAGUAUACUUUCUUAGUCUUGAUGAAUAAAUGUCACGUAUGAUUCUA